GAUUUGCUCUUUGUUGCUCAGAUAUAGAUUUGCCCGAGGCAUAUUAAUCAUACCCACCUCAAAAAGACCAAGUUCUGGUUGGAAAAACAAAUCAGAACGUUCGACGAGGCCGACAUAAAUCCUUCCUGGAAGUUCCUCUUUCUGUUUUUCAUCUUCACCGUGCUUCUGUGUUUUGGGUCGUAAUGAUGUUGCGACUGACAACUCAGUGAUUACUGGUUGUGGUAUCUGCUUGAUUAUUUGAGGAUAGAAAAUAAUGGAGCAUAUUGCUUUCACCCCUAAUUCCACAAGUGAGAAUCUCUUGGAUUCUGCCAUGGACUUGGACUUGAUGGAUCAACUCUUGUUCGAAGGAUGCUGGUUAGAAACAGAUGCCCUCAACUAUUUGCCUUUGACAGAGUCUGAUCAAGCCAAUUAUUAUCCAUUUCAGAGCAUCUUUCAAGAGGAGGCAAGAAAAGACUUUGCCGAAAGUCCACCCUCAACAUGUCCUAGAAUAGAGGAAAGAUUGGAGAUGGAGCAGAAAAAUAUUGAUCCUUUUGAAGCUACAGCAUCUUCAAGUCAAUCCGAAGGUUUUCAGGUUGAAGGCACCGAAGUUGGGAGACGGUGGUGGAUUGCCCCAACGGCAAGCCCGGGUCACUCUUCCUCCGUGAAGCAGAGAUUGAUGAUGGCUCUUGGGCGUCUGAAAGAAUGCACUAAGGACAAAGAUGUGCUUGUUCAAAUAUGGGUGCCGGUAAAGAAAGGAGGGAGGAACGUGCUUACGACGAAUGAUCAGCCAUAUGUCUAUGAUCCUAGCAGCAAGAGCCUUGAGAGCUACAGAAAUGUUUCAAAAACAUAUCAGUUCCUGGCCGACGAGGACACUAAUGAGUCUGUUGGCUUGCCAGGUCGGGUUUUCUUGGGGAAGCUCCCAGAGUGGACUCCUGAUGUUCGCUUCUUCAGUAGUGAAGAGUACCCACGUCGCGACUAUGCUCAGCAGUAUGAUGUCCACGGGUCCCUUGCACUUCCUGUUUUUGAACGGGGCAGCGGGACUUGCUUAGGUGUUGUUGAGAUCAUAACGACUUCUCAGAAGAUCAAUUAUCGUCCAGAACUUGAGAAUAUCUGCAAAGCUCUCGAGGCUGUUGAUCUUAGAAGUUCCCAGACCUUCAGACCACCCACUGCAAAGGCUUGCAAUCAGUCUUACCAAGCAGCACUACCGCAGAUCUUAGAGGUUUUGACAUCUGUAUGCAGACGAUACAGACUGCCACUAGCUUUGACUUGGGCUUCUUGUCUCCAGCAAGGUAAAGAAGGACCUCGGCAUUCUAAUGAGAACUAUGAAUUCUGUGUGUCAACCGUCGAUUCUGCUUGUUUUGUGGCCGAUCAACACUACUUGGGGUUUCAGGAAGCAUGUUCAGAGCAUCACCUGUUAAGAGGACAAGGAAUCGUUGGGAGGGCAUUUACAAUAAACAGCCCGUGUUUUGCCACUGAUAUAACUGCGUUCAGCAAGAUGGAGUACCCUUUGGCUCACCAUGCUCGGAUGUUAGGGUUAUGCUGUGCCACUGCAAUUCCCUUAGCAAGCAUCCACACCGGAUCAGUUGAUUUUGUCUUGGAGUUCUUUUUGCCAAAAGAUUGCAAAGACACCGGAGAACAAAAGCAGAUGAUUAGCUCAUUGUCCAGUUUUGUACUUCAGGCACUUCAGAAUUCCCAAAAGGAACAGAAGGAAGCGCUUGCCUCAUUCACAAGAGAUACUGGAGUUGACACUUCACAUAAAAGACUUCAGGUUGAAGAAACUGAUAAGUUGCUACCUCCUCCUAACGAACAUCAUCCACAAGAAGUGUCGUGGAUUGCAAAUAUGGUGGAGGCCCAAAAGAACAGCAAAGGAGUCUCUGUUCCAUUGGAGGUUCAGAAAGAACCCAAAGAAGAAUUUACAGUGACAACCAAAUGGGAAGAAACUGAAUUAGGAAUACAGCAUGGACAGUUCCAUCCAGAAUUUCACAAAGUUCAGCAUAACUUUGAAAACAAGCCUAGUAUCGAGGGUGGUGAUACUCUUGGUCAGUUUUGCUCCGUAGGUGGUAGAAAAUCACGCCAGAGGACACGUACAAAGAAUGAGAAGACAAUCAGCUUGGAGGUCCUCCGGCAAUACUUUGCAGGGAGCCUCAAAGAUGCUGCUAAAAGUAUUGGUGUUUGUCCUACAACCUUGAAAAGGAUAUGCAGGCGACACGGCAUCACUCGAUGGCCUUCUCGGAAGAUCAAGAAGGUAGGCCAUUCUCUAAAGAAGCUUGAGACCAUUAUAAAUUCGGUCCAAGGCACUGAGGGCACUAUACAUAUACGCUCAUUUUACGAGAGCUUCCCAGAAUUGAACUCUCCUAGACACUCUGAGAAGGGAACUUUUUCAUCAGCUAAUCUGGGUAAUCCUCUGGAGCAAUUAAAUCUUCGGACUGAGAAUGGUUUGUUCAGCUCAGGAGCCACUACCUCGAAUUCUCCAACUUCCUCGUGCAGCCAGAGCUCUGGUUCUACUACCUCUUGCUCAACCGGGACAAAGCAGUGUUUCACUGCAAUAAAUGCUCCAAGCGGCGGUGAUCCAAUGCUGUCCAAUAACCCCUCCGAAGUGCUAAAACGAACACGCAGUGAUGCAGAAUUACAUAUUUCCACUCACGAAGAGCUGAAGCUUCUUGUAAGAUCCCAAAGCCAAAAAUCAUUGGAUGAGUGGGGAAGUCUCGAGAAUGUAGCCACUUUACCAAAAAUCAAUGGUCCACGCAUAACACGAGAUGUGGGCGUUUAUAGAAUUAAAGCAAUUUUGGGGGAAGAAAAGAUCAGGUUUAGCUUGAAACCCAGUUGGGGAUUUAGAGAUUUGCAAUGGGAGGUUGCAAAACGUUUCAACAUAGAUGAUAUCGGAACAAUCGAUCUCAAGUACUUGGAUGAUGAUCAAGAGUGGGUUCUUUUGACAUGUGAUGCUGAUCUUGAGGAGUGCAUUGAUGUGUACAGAAUGUCGCGAAACCAUACAAUCCGGAUCUCCAUUCACCAAUCUUCACAUCAAAAUCUAAGAAGUCUUGGUGGUAGCAGUGGUGAGGCUCAGCACCAGGGCCAUAUUCAAUGAUAAGCUCCCAGUGUUUGGGAUCUAAAAAUCUGUACGGCACCAAAAUUUCUCCUUUGCAGACGAGCAAGAAGGCAGACCAUCGGUUGGAGGCAGGGACAUCAAACCAGGUUUGAACCCCGGCUAUAGCAAAACAAGAAAAAGGAGAAAAAAAAAAGAAAUCGAUAUCAGGUUCUUUAGUUCAUGUGCAGCUUUCCAGGUGUUGCUAGAGAAUUUAGUCAGUGUAUAUUACAUGGUAGAUUUGCUUAAUUCCCAGGUGCUAAGCAUGUUUGCUUUGCUUAAAAGCUGUUGCUUCCAUUGGACAUAUCGCUUCAUAAUUCAAGUUUCCUUCGGUAAUCAA